GCAUCUUCUCAUCACAGCUUGUUUGACUAUCUCCACCACCAAGUCUUCGGCAUCUCCUUCUUUCACUCUUUGCGGCCCAAGGGAGCCCGCCCGAACACCCUCGAUAGGUAGUGCAGCUAGGUGCACUUAAGGACUACCACCACCAUCUCGCACCUUAUCGCCACACAGUUAACUUCGCUGGGGGACCCCGUUUGGACCCCACUCCGGCUUCAACUGCAAGAUUUGUUUACCCGACAACCUCAACUUACCUACAUUUCACCGCUAGAGGUGCGGGACUCAUCUUUCCCACCCUUUGACUCGAUAUUGAUUCUCUUCAGCGAUUCGGUCGUUGACAGUACAACAUCAUGGACUCUAUGCGAAGUUUGAACACCUCCCUCCCGGGCGCCUCAGCGGCCGCCAAGCAGCCGACGCAAAAUGACUCCCCCGAGCAACUCAUCGACGCCUUCAAGGCCGCCGCGCUCUCUGUGACGAAACUCUACAAGACCUCUGCGGCCGCUCAAUCCAAGGCCCGCAUGGACGGCUAUCAAGACUGCCUCGACGACCUGCUAUCGUUCCUCGACAAUGAGAGAAUCGGUCUGGGCGACGGCGAUGGCUGGAGGAUCCGAAGUUGGGCGACCGAGAAGCUGGACGGCGCCAGAGAUGCGGGCUCACAGAACGCCGAAAGCGACGACGAGGCGGAUAAGGCGGAAACUGCUUCCUCUCCGGAACUGAAUAGGACGAGCAGCAGCACACAACUCUCAUCCCAGCUAAGAACGGACUCGGCGCCCCCUAGCAUCCCGCAGCCCAUCGAGGAAGAGGAGCAAGAAGGACGCGAACCGAUAUCAGUCACGGUACCGACGGCAGACUCCUUCACCUUUCAAUCAUCUCACCCCUGGCCGCCUCAACCUCAGCAACAAGAUGCCUACCUGAACCUCGCAAACCUGGACCUCUCAGACUCUCGGACACACGACGCAUCGUCAACAAACACAAACCCCGCAACGCGCACAGCAAGACCACGACACCCCGCCAACAUGCCCCGUUCAGCAUCAAGACAAGGAAGCAAUCUCGGCCGUGGCGCGGGCUCGAAGCGCAAGAUCAACUUUGCAGAGAUAUUCGACCUCAGCAGUCUGGACAAGAACAUGUUUGGCGGCGGACCAAAGCGUAGCAGGCACACAUAGUGCAUUUGCCCGACUAGCAUUCCACGACUUUCUUCACUUUCGACAGCGGUUCAACUUUGGGGGUGGGUUAGCGGAACGCGUCCUACUACACCUCCUGAAGUUGUCUGUUUAACGGUUAUACGGACAUCAUUGUCUUGACGACGGGACUGAGCGAGCAUCGAAAGGGG